UGGUAUUUUCAAGCUAAUCAUCUGCACAGCACAUACUCGAAUGAAAAACAUGGACUCUAAGUAGGCUGGAAAAAUGUUUUUUUUUGUACAGGUAACAAACAACCUUUGUAGUUAAAAAAGAAAAGAAAAGGGUGUGUUAUCGUUAUAUAUAUUUUUUAUUUAUUUUUAUUUUUGAAGGAUCAUCUUGACUCAUAAUGAUUUUUAUUUUUAUAGCACUGUGCGUUCCCAUGGUUACACGCAUGUUGCGUCAUUGACAUGCGCUGUGGAAUGGAGAGCCAGGAAAGGAGAUUUUGUAAAAAAAAAAAAAAAAAAAAUCACUGAAGUCGGGAGGAAGUCACCAUGCAGGAUUUCACUUGUGUGUGUUUAAUUUGACCCAGCAGGAGAAUUUAGCGUACUUAGCUGAGUCAGGUGUCGAUUCGCGGUUUCGGCUGAUCUGCAUUUUGCCCUCAAUUCAGGCUUGGUAGAGUUAAAGAGGCUAGCGGCACCGCCAGCAACAGCAGCUGUUACAGACUCGCAUCACAGCCAGAAACCGAAGAGGGGACACUCAGGAUUGGGGGCGGAUUACAUAGUUCAGUUUGUCUGCUGAAAAGGGGAAGAGCAUCCAUUUCAACCUGCGUAACGAGUCUCAACACCAAGUAUGAUUCUUUGGCAGCGGCGGAGGUGAGGCAGCAUGGCGCGGAAAGCUGAGGCGCCGAGACGGCCGUGAUGACAGCAUGGUCCAUGGUGGAGAAGCUCAAAAUGGAAAAACGCCCAUGCAGGGAGCAGAACAUUGACUCAAGGGAGGCCCAGCAUGCCACGGACGAGUCCGAGGACGGAAGCAGCUCCGAGAGCGAGUCGGAGGAGCAGCAGUGGCGGCGGCAGCAGCAGCAGCCCCACAGGCCUCAGCUGGGCAACAGCAGCUGCAGGAAGAGGGAGCCCCUUGCCGUCACCAAACCCCACCGCCAGCUCUGCCGCUCUCCAUGCCUCGACCGGCCCAGCUUUUCCCAAAGUAGCACCCUGCAAGACUUUCGCGACGAUGACUCCGGCGGCGGCAGUGUUGGCGCCGCACCAGGCCUCAAGCCCGCCAGCGGAAGGGAGUACCAAACCAAGAUGGAGUUUGCUUUGAAGCUGGGUUACUCCGGAGACCAGGUGGAGACGGUGCUCAACAAGUUGGGGGCCACGGCGCUCAUCAACGACGUUCUCGCCGAGUUGGUCCGGCUUGGGAAUAAAGCGGAACACGAAGCUCAACCCUGCAGUGCCACCGCCCCGUCAACGUCACGGCCCCCCUGUGUGAAAGAAACUGUCAGUCCGGAAGUUUCAGUCGAAGAAGAAUCCGUGGAUACGUACGAUAACCUUCGACCCAUCGUCAUUGAUGGGUCUAACGUGGCAAUGAGCCACGGGAACAAGGAGGUUUUCUCUUGUCGCGGUAUCCAGCUGGCGGUCGAGUGGUUUCGAGAGAAAGGACACAAAGACAUCACUGUGUUUGUCCCCGCCUGGAGGAAGGAGCAGUCGAGACCCGAUGCCCUCAUCACAGAUCAAGAAAUCUUACGCAAACUGGAGAAAGAGAAGAUCCUGGUUUUUACCCCGUCUCGAAGAGUCCAGGGCAGGAGAGUGGUGUGCUACGAUGAUCGCUUCAUAGUGAAGCUGGCUUACGAUUCUGAUGGAAUUAUUGUGUCAAAUGACAACUACAGAGACUUGCAAAACGAGAAACCAGAGUGGAAAAAAUUUAUAGAAGAGCGCCUCCUGAUGUAUUCCUUUGUCAAUGACAAGUUUAUGCCACCUGAUGAUCCGUUGGGAAGACAUGGGCCGAGCUUAGAAAACUUCCUCCGCAAGAGGCCUGUGGUUCCAGAACACAAAAAGCAGCCUUGCCCUUAUGGGAAAAAGUGCACAUAUGGUCAUAAGUGCAAAUACUACCAUCCGGAGCGCGUGAACCAACCACAGCGAUCCGUGGCCGACGAGCUGCGAGCCUUCGCCAAACUGUCCGCGGUAAAAACAAUGAGCGAAGGGGCUUUGGUUAAAUGUGGUACAGGUCCAGCCGCCGUUAAGGGGGACGUUGGCUCCGAAGCGAAACGCGUGGCGCCUAAACGCCAGUCCGACCCCAGCAUCCGCUCGGUGGCCUGCGAACCCGUAGAGGCGCUCUCCGUCGCCCGGAAGUCCGAGACAAAUUCAGUGCCUUCCCUCGUGUCUGCUCUCAGCGUGCCCACCAUGCAGCCUGCCAAGAGCCACGCAGCCGGGGCGUUAAACACCCGCUCAGCCAGCAGCCCCGUUCCAGGCUCUCUGCAGUUUGCACACAACUCCCUAGAGCACAUGUCCAGCAUACAGUACCCCCCCAUUUUAGUCACCAACAGCCACGGCGCCUCCGUGACGUACAGCGAACAGUUCCCCAAGUACGACUCGGUCAGCGACCACGGAUACUACUCGCUCCACAGCGAUUUUUCCAACAUGAGCAUGGGCAGCAUGCACAACGUGGACAGUUUCUGUAGCAUGGAGCACGAGCAUGUGUACCAGAGAACCCCCAGCCACUGCCCCGAGUCCUGCCUCAGCCACUCCAACAGCGACUCGUUCUCCUCCUACGGGGAGCUGUACCCGAGCUCUGUGGACAGCAGCCUGGAGGAGAGCAUCAAGGGGCAGCAGCAGGCUCCAGCGCAGGCGAGGAUGCAGGCCUUCUCCCACGGGUUCCGUCACGACGCGCUCACCAGAGUCCAGAGUUAUGGACAGGAGGAGCCUAAGCAAGGUCCUCGCAAGCAGUCCGGGGCGCACCUCGCACCUCACAUCCAGCACGCCACGGUGGGAGCCCGCUCCAGCUGUCCUGGCGACUACCCGCUCGCCCAGAACGUCCUGCCGCCAUUGUCCUCGCAGCCAACGCGGUCUCUAGGCAUGACGCGCAUGGACAGCAUAUCGGACUCUCGGCUGUACGACAGCAACCCGAUGAGGCAGAGGCGGCCGCCGCUGUGCCGCGAGCAGCACGCGAGCUGGGACCCGCUGCCCUGCGGCAGCGAGUCCUACGGAUAUCACUCGUAUCCGCUCAGUAACAGCCUGAUGCCGUGUUGCGAGCGGGUGAUGGUCCGCAGCAUGCCAGACAAAAUGGAGCAAAUCUGGAACUCGCCGUGGGAGAACCCGUCCGCGGCCGAGCACCAAGAGCGGUACGUCAUUCCAGAUCACCAGUACCAAACAUACAGGAACCUCUGCAACAUCUUCCCCGCGUACAUCGUCCACUCGGUCAUGGAGAAGAACCCUCAUUUAACAGAUCCACAGCAGCUCGCAGCUGUGAUCGUCACGAAACUGAGGUCAUGCCACUGAGCAGCUUAUAGAGUGAAAAACAAAUGAGGAAUUUGAUCAGAGAUUAGGCAUUUAUUCGCUGUGGCUGCAUGUGCAGCUCUCAGGAGCUUCUUAUUCCGUCCUGUAUUGUUGGAAAUUGUGUGGAUCAGAUUAUAGGUCUACAAAAAAUGGCAUAUAUCGGGGGGAAAAAAACAAAAAACAAACUCUUGGUAGAAGAUGUUUUUUAUCUGAAGUUUAGUGUAGCUGAAAUGAAAAGUGGAACUCUUUUAAAGGAACUCAUUCAUAACACGUUCACACCGCCUGAGCAGGAGCAGCAAAGCUACAUUUGGGCACUGUCACUUUAUUUUAGAAAAUAUCUGCUGGAGUGUUAAUAUGUUUAAUAAGUAUUAAAUUUUUUUUUAAGCAUUCACAUAGUAUUUCUGAUAUGUUUGAAUGUACUCAUUAAAACAGACUCGGUAGCUAUAAAUGCCUUAACCGUUGUCAAAUUACACUCAGAAACUUCAGUGUGUUUAUUGAAAAGUUAUGCGAUAUGCAAAAGGUCUUCAGCCUUUUUUAAUCUAAUAACCCUAAAUAAAAAUCCAGUGCAACCUGUUGCCUUCAGAAGUGUCAAAAAGGUCUAAAAGCAUUCCCCUGAACACACCAUCUCCAUAGUGACAGCAUCAUUUUCUUCAGAGGGAGAAGGGAAGGUGGAUGGAUCUUACAAUGGCGCAGUCCUUCAAGAAAAUUGGUUAGAAGCUGUAAAAACUUAAUACUUGGAUAGAGGUACACUUUCCAGGACAACAAUCUAAACAUCCAGCCAAAACUAAAAUGGUAGGAUUUCUAUCAAAGCAUAUUCUUGUGUUAGAAGAGGGCCGAUCAAAGUCCAGAUCUGAUCUCCAUUAAAAAUGUGUGUCAUAACUUUCUGUUCAUAUGCCCUACAUGUGAUCUGAACAAGCUUGAGAUAGUUUAAUAAGAAUAAGCUCAAUUUUAACACCUAAGGUGUUAAAGGUGUACCUCAAAGAGACUUAUCGCUAUAAUUCCAGUAAAAGAAAAAUGCUUCUGUUCACUAAGGGGGCUGAAUAAGUAUGCACACCACAGUAUUCACAACUUGAAAACAUUCCUUUCCUUUCUAUUCAUCAGUGUGACCAAGCAUUGCAGAAACAUCCGUACGUAUCAAGGCGCUUCUAUAUUGAAGAGGCUUAUUGUGUGUGCAAAAAAACACAAAAAAAACAAAAACAUUUUUCGGAGUAUUAAACUCCAUCUAAUAGUUAGGUUUAAUAAUUGAAAUCCUCACGCUCUAUAUUAUUACUUAAUAUUAUAAUUUUAAGAAAUUAGCUUGCUAGUUUAACCCUAAACACGUGGUAACAAUUUGCUCGGUAACAAAUCUCGUCAAGGAGACGUCUGUGUUUGUCCAGAUGAAGCUUUCCUGAAGACGCUGCUCAGGCCCUGUGAACGCGUUUUGCUUCUGGUGGAGUGGAACUAUAAAUAGUCUUGCUUUGCAAUGCCUCUGCUGUACAUAGUACUUGUGAUAUAUAAAUAUAUAUAUAUACAUAUAUUUUUGUGCAUUUAUUUUCAAAUGAAGUAAGAGGGAGGUAGGUAUAUACCUCUCAGCAUGACCUAUGACUUUAUGGCCUUAUAUCUGAAUGACCUCACGCUUUAGUCAUUGUCUGAUUGGUUCACGCGGACGUUGUCAUUAAAGCGUCCUAAUUUUCAAACGUAAAGCACUAUCACAAUAUCUAAAGAGAUAUAUUUUCUCAAAAAAGCUACUAUUUUGGUAGGAUUUGACUGUGCACAAAGCAAGCCAAACAGAGAUUUGACUUGUAGAUGCGUGCACAUAUUUAUGUACAUAUGAUCUCACGAAAGCCAUUAUUUUAAAGUUAUUUAUCAGCUGCUAAGACAUGCCAAAAAAAAAAAGAAACACCACCAGAAUUUCUAUAGUGUUACGAACUAGCAUUAUUGUAAUUUGUUUUUUGGGGUCAAUUGGAGUAUAAUCAAAAAUAGUUCUGUAUUGAGGAUUUCAAAGUUCCUUUCCUGACCUUAUUAUAUGCAGCAUUCAGGAUUUGACUAGGAACAUAUCUGUCGAAUCUCUUCUGCUGGUUGUUUUCAGUGUAAAGGUCAUCACUAAAUGUUUGUUCAAAGCAGUAGUUCUGUCAACGUCAAGUUUUCUGUGAAGCCGUUGGGUUUUCAGGAGCAGGUUAAUGAAGUUUCACUAAGUUACACUCACUCGGUUGUUCUAAGUAGGGAAGGAGCCAGCGUGAGAAAUGCAGAGAGACUCCGGUUUCACCACAAAUACAUAGAACAUGCCAUAGAAUUUAAAUAACUCUAUUUCCUGAUUUAAUUGGGCAACACACUCUUUUAGUUUUCACACCAUGAUAGAAAACACUUUCAAACAGGCAAAUUUGUCUUUGUUGUAAGCCAAGGAAAAUCAAGUAGCCUUCUUUCAGCCAGCUGACAAGCAGAGUGUGACGGCAAGUGAAGAGGGUUCCUAUUUUCCAGGUCUGGAUUAGUAUAGGAAAAAAUACAAAAAAAAACAGGAAAAAUUAUUUUUAUUUCCAUAUUCUAUUUAUCUAUCUCAUUUUAAAUAUUGUUUGCUCCCUUCUGAUCCUUCUGUGUGUCUGUUCUUCCUUUUUUUUCCAUUUUUCUUUCCUCCCUUUCUUAUCCUUUUUCUCUUUUUUUUCCCUCUCCACCAGUAGUUCCUUACUCUACAUUCCUUCUUUCGAUCCUUUCUUGUUUCCUUUAUUUCUUUCUUUGCAUGUACUCUUUCUUUUCUCCUUCCUUUCUUCUUUUUUUUCCUCCAUUCCUCUCCCUGCCUUCCUUUUUUUUUUUCAGUUUCCACCUUUAAAGCCUGCCCGACUGUAGAAAUAAAUGCCCGAGUGAACUUUUGUCUUUUUCAUUGUAAACUGUAAGCACAGUUUGACAGAAGAUUUCAGUGGUUAUGAAACCGCAACAGUUUUUAAACCUCGGUGUCGCUUGAGGUAAUGGGACGGUGUGUCUCUGAUGAAGACUGGGCUCAAAAAAAAGUAUCCAGUGGAACGUAAAGCGUUCACAGUGGAAAACUUAUGUAUCCGCAGUUUAUAGGGGCGGCCAAUCACUCACACUCUAACAGUAAACGCUCCUGAGGAUUUGCAGAUGACUUGUAACGUUUUCCCUCCUAGACGUGGUGGAGUUUACGUUUUAGAAGCAGACAACACUGUCUAGUUUCAGUAGGUAUCAAUUUUUAGAUAGGAUAAAAACGUGGCUAAUUGUAUGCAAACUGAUGUAAGUGAAGAAUCUAUGCUUUGUGAAAACCAAUAUAAUGUAGUUUAUUAUGGUAUAUGUAAUGAAUUCACGCCUUAAGCUCAUCUUUUCACCAACCUGGCUUCCUAUGUGCAUGUCAGUGUGGUCAGUCUUUGAGAAGGGAGUUUUCCUACUAGCUGCGGUAAACGGCGUCCUCCACAUUUGUUGGAUAACCCCUUAAACAAUAUUAGUAUUUUUGCGGUAACAGAAUCUCAGACUUAAAAUGUUGCUAGAGUUCUCCAAUAGGGAGCUUUUGAGCUUCUUACUUUUUACUAUUUGUGACUUGGAUGCUCAUCCAUCCAACACAUCCAGUUUUACAUUUUAGUUGUUCCUCUGAAAAGUUUGAUAAUCCAGAAAAAGCUGCUACUUUGUGGCUCAUCUUUUUAAAGUAGACUUUAAACAUUAGAUUUUUUUUUAUUUCUUUUUUAAAUCAGCUAAGGUAGCUGUUUUGGUGGAAUGACGUGUGCUCUUGUCUUUCCAAUUUUGAUGAAUGGCAUGUCACAUUUUUUACCCCAGUGGGGCACAGAUAGAUAGUGCUUUAAAUACAUUUUUGGAUUAAAGCGUUUUUUUUUUUUUAGUUUGAGAUCAUUUUACUGCUAUAAAAUAUGAAUUAAUUUUAGGGGAGAGGGUUGCUGGAAAUGCAGCAGAUGUUUGUUAAAACCUGCCACAGUGAAGCAGUGUCAGCCAUCACAGUUUAACGUUUGCAUCGGAUUUUAUAUUUAUCUGACGUUACCUUUGCCAGAUGUAAGAAAAUAAAAGGUCUGGCAGUAAAGGCUGCAAUUGUUGUCACAUCUUAUAGAUUAUUUCUUCCGAACUGUAAGCAAAAGGGUUUUCUGAUAAGCCAAUAAAGCAAAUUUAGAGGCAGAACUUUCUGUAGGGCUUUUAGUGGAAGGCUUGACUGCUGGAAUACACACAUGUACAAUAAGACAUUUCACAUGCAUACAUGCAGCCAGAGUAGAAGUAGUAUGGAAGGCUGUGCUUUGCAGCACAUUGCUCUCAGGAUGCUUUCAGAUUUUCCAUUUAAAGUCUUAUUUAUGCCACAAACCAUUGGUUACUGUCCACAGUGUGUUCUGAUCUAGCAGUGGUUUAUUUUGUGAAAACUCCUACAUGUAAUAUGUAGUAAAAACCCAAAAGUUAGCUAUGUACAGUUCAAUAUAGCAAUGGCAUUGCAAAACUUUGUACUUUUCUGUAUAUUCUCUUUAUGCACCUUAAGAUCCUGAACAGCGAGCUAUAAGUGGAGCUUUCACGCUGUGCAACUUCAGUGGGAUUAUUUAGUUGUUUGUGUGAGCCAGAAACACAAAAGGUGAAGUAAAGUGGCGAGGUUUGGACCAGAAAUCUUGUCAGCGAUUCAGCAGGUUCCAAUCUUCUUAUUUUAAUGAGCACCUGCCUCCCCUGUGCUGCCCCCUUCUGGACAAAGCGUGAAACGGGCAGCUACAGAAGUCGGGGAAGUUGCACCGUGAAAGCCAAACCGCAUAGCAGGGCCACACUUUGCCUGCUUUUAAAGGGAAAUACCACUCAUUUUUCUGGAUUCAAGAAGGUCAUAUAUUAUUGCCAUGUUCUUUAAUAUGAGAAACUGUGGUGGGUGGGGGAGGUUCUUAAAAUCCCCAAUCAGUAAGAAAAGCAGCAUCAGCUUGUGGUGGUAUUACUCGUUAGCAGCGCUAACUGUGUGAGCCUCUCGGUGUUGCUUUAAAAAUAUGGAUUUAUUUUUAGUGUUUUGGGCACAACCGUGGUAUAUGAGCAGACGUGACGCAUAAAGAGAAAAAUAAACAAAAACCUGUUGAAUGUGUUCAGCCCAAACGACGUUUUUGGGCUUUGCUGACUUUGUUUUUUUCAUGAAAAAAGACGAGGCCACUUGAGGCCGCCUGUCUGUUCAUGAGAAGGUGAAACAAACUGCCUAAAUGUUUCUACAUGUGAAACAAUCAGAUUGCAAGGCUGCUGUCAAGGUUGUUUCUGGCAUUUGGCUAAAAGUUUGCGUGCCAUCCUUUUCCCCUGGAGAUUACUGGAUUAUCUGGAAAAAGUGAAUCUGAAACCCAGGAAACGUAUAUUAAACUGAAGAUAAAAAGAAAAAUAAUGCUUAUAAUGUCUAAUUUGAAAACUGGAACAGUCUUUUGCCCAGAUGAACUCGGAGUUAUUACCAAACGUGUGUUAAGGUGAGCUUAGUGAUAUUAGACACAAAAAAUGUACUUUAUUGUAAAACGUCUGGUAUAUUGAGCAUGCACGAAGAGAUAACACAUCCCUUGCAAGUAAAAGUUUUGUUAAGUCAACUUUAGUUGUGCAUGUGGAUAAUUCAAAUGAUCAAAUUCUAUGUGAAAAAGUUCCUUUUUUCUUUUUUAAAGUGAUUUUUCACCACUUACUUUGCACUUUGCAAUUUAAAACCCUGAGCUAAAUUACUUUAUUUUUGUCUUUAGUGAAGAAAAAAAUCCAGACAUAUAGAUAAGAUUUUUUUUUUAAAUUUCCAAAAGUAAUAUUUGUGUUGAGAUAAUGGCAAUUCUGUCAUUGUGUUCAAAGAGUCUGGACUUUGUUUUACUAGUACUAGAUUAGACUCAAUAGGUCAGACCUAGGAAAAAAAACAGAAAUGUGCUCAUCAUGACUGUGUUACUUCACCGUUUGUGCAAGAAUAACAUACAUUAGAACUAGUGAAUUUUUUUAUUUUUUUUUUGAAGUACUAUAAAAACUACUGGAAGUCUGGAAAUUUGAGCCAAAAGUACCACUUUUGCCAUGAGAAUAUCCAUAGGCGGAUUCCAGAGGUUUCUGGGCAUCGGACUGCUCCCACAGCUGAAGUAAACCUCUCACUGUUGUUGGAAAAAUACAUCCCGAUGCAGAGGUUCGAACUCUAAGGCACCGUUGGUGACGUUGCGCCCCCUUCCUUCCGGUUUCAAUGUGCCGCAAACAGCUAAGCCACAAAUGUCUAGAAUUGACUUUUGCUUGUUGAUACAAAUUGUAUCUAUACCUUGAAUGUAUUAAAAUAUGAAAUGUAUAAUAUGAAUAUAGUUUUAUUUAAUUGAAUGGGAGAGGGUGUAAUAAUGCCAUAAUGUUUGUGACACUAUGUGUCACUGGGAGUAGCCCACUGGUAUGUACUAAAUCUUACUGGGUACAGUAGUUACUUUGCAGGGACGUUUAUGUGCCACUUAAAAGUGCACAGAUUCCCUGUGUACAGCAGUAAGCAUCAUGUCCUCUCUGUAGAUAGUUACACGUGUGUGUGUGUGUAUAUAUAUAUAUACAUAUAUAUAUAUAUAUAUAUAGAAAUGUAACACCUGGGUUAUUCAUAUACUUCUUAAGAUAAUUUGUGCGUUGCAGCCCAUGCAUCUUCUUCUUCUGAAUGAACGUUUUAAUGGCAAUUUUAAGUAUUUUUGGAUAUAUUUUGCCUAAUGAAACAUGCCAAAGUUAUUCCUGGGUGGCUUCGUCAAACAUAGUUUCAAAUGGUUUUUGGCGCACAGGCUGUCGAUGAUCAACUUGUGUGCUUUCAUGGACACAGGACGGUGAAUCCACACAGGAAGUUAGGAGUAGCCCAACGACAAACACAAAUCUGGAUUUAGCCUAGUGGUCGAAGGACUAAUUCAGAACUUUCCAGGUCCUACCAAGAUUUGUGUUUAAUGUUCGUUACUCCGACGCUCUUAGGUUUGUGUUUAUUGAAAUGUUUGACAGUUGAUUUAAUGAGCAACCCUUAAUGUUCACAAAGCACAGGCGUGUUGAGUCGUGAUUUGUUUGACUAUUUAAUUAUUCACAGUGUAAUUUAGUAAUUUCUGCAUCCGAGGCUGGGUUUAUCGAGGACUUUAAGGAUGAUAUUGUCAGUUUCAUUAAGUUCCGAUUGAGCUGUUGUGGGAACAGAGCGAAACCAAAGUGACUCCAGAUGCGACGACAUAUCUGUUGAAAACUGGUUCAAAAGUGUUGUGCAAUUUCGCGCGACCGUUCGGAAUUACUGGUGUGCAAAAUGCCACGGCGAGGCGUACACACACACACACACACACACACACACACACCUAACUCGACUGUACAUAAACAGAAUUCAGUGUAAUACUCAGGUUUAGUCACACAAACUUUAUAAAUCACAGACUUUGUUGUUUUCUGAUUUGGAGAAAUGCAGUGGUCACCUCCGUGGAGUAAAUGUAGGUCUCUUGUUUGAGUAGACAAUGUGUCUACGGUGUAAAAAAAAUUAAAAUGACACAAAAAAAAAAAAGGGAAAUGUACAGCAAGUUUUCGUGUUGUGAUGAUCAGCAGUAUUGUAAUCCACACUGACUGGAAUAAGCAUUGAUUUUAUAGAUCAAAAUGAACAAAAAUACUAGAGUUUUUGAGUCUGUGGGCUCAAACAAAAUGUAAGUCUUAAUGACAAACUGUGUUUCUCCAUGAAUAAAGCAAACCUCUGUUCAAACAUUG